AUGAUCGCAGCUAUUAAGGUUUUUAAUCUAGAUUUGGAAUGUGCAAACAAGAGUUUUGACACCGAGUGCGAAAUUUUGUGCAAUAUUCGUCAUAGAAAUCUUGUCAAGGUAAUUAGCAGUUGCUCUAACCUUGAUCUUAAAGCCUUGGUUCUGGAAUAUAUGCCGAAUGGAAACCUUACCAAAUGGCUGUUCUCGAGAAACUAUUUCUUGAAUAUAGCUCGAAGAUUGGAAAUACUGAUAGAUGUGGCAUGUGCACUGGAGUAUCUACAUCAUGAGUAUACCUCUCCAAUUGUCCAUUGUGAUUUGAAGCCCAGCAACGUACUUUUAGAUGAAGAUAUGGUUGCCCGCCUUUGGCAUUGCCAAGCUUUUCACUGA